UCCUAAAACAGAGUGCUCUGCAAUAGUGGCAACUAGAUAAGUUCAUAACAGGUUGAAGAAAGACAAGGCUUCUUAUCGAAUCAAAGAAAAAGAAAACGGACAGAGAGAAAGAAGAUGGAAAGCCAACUAGAACAGGCGAUUAAGGCCAAAGUGGUGAAUGUGGACUCGGUGGAGUCCUGGGACUCGUGUUAUAACCAGGCCACCAAUCAAGGCUCCCCUAUUGUUGUACACUUCACUGCUUCGUGGUGCAUGCCUUCGGUGGCUAUGACUCCAGUAUUUGAAGAAUUGGCCUCAAGCUACCCAGGUGUCUUGUUUCUCACGGUUGAUGUUGAUGAGGUUAAGGAGGUAGCAAGUAGAAUGGAGGUAAAAGCGAUGCCCACUUUCGUGUUGAUGAGGAAUGGAGCUCAGAUGGACAAGAUUGUGGGUGCCAAUCCAGAUGAGAUAAAGAAAAGAGUAGACAGUUUUGUUCAGUUCAAUAGUGAAUAUGUUGCCUAGUUAGUUUUCAUGUACACUGUACAUAGAGGAUUGAAUAAGUUGUUGUGCUUGUAAUAGUUGUGGUGAUGAGAUCAGCAGCAUUGGAUUUGGAUGUCAAGUUGUUUGCUUUUCAUGUUUCACUAUCAUAUUUUAGUGAUUUUCUUUCUUUACUUUACUGGUUUGUUAGCAGCUGUUGCAGCCAUAAGUGUGGGUUAAUGAACAAUUUUUUUCAGUUAAUAUAAGCUAUGUAUUCAUUUUUUGUUAAAUAAAAGUGGGAUCUUUCACCUAA